AGUGUUGACAAGGUCGUGCUCCCAGCAAGUGGCAUGGCAACAACAGCGCUCUCCAACACCGCACGAUUUCUACUCGAGAAAAUAAUGGUGUGCUGAUAUAUUGUGAUUAAACCCCGAUUUCUGUCGUCCUUAAGUGCCGUACGAGAAUGUUUUGAACCAGCUGCGGUUGAGAAAGUUUCACGCCAACGAUAAGAACCGAAAAGUGUGUAAAAAGCACCAAAAUUCGAACCUCAAGCCAACCAUUUUUUUAACCAGUGUGUCGUAGUGUCCAUCGUGUGCGUUGGUGGUGGUGCGUGUGUGCGUGCAUGUGCGUUGGUGUGUGUAUCAGUGUUCGUUCGUCGAAUCGCGAAAUCGAGAAUAUAGAAAAGAAAGAUGUGUUCCAUUCGCUGGUGGUGGUGAGUGGUGAGCUAUAUCUGCUAUAUAGCGAAUCGUCGAGCGAGUAGUCCCCGCAACCCACAAAUCCAGUGUUGUUUGGUCCACCCCUCCAGCAUCCGCAUCGCAGGAAUUUAUACCCAUUAAAAAACCCCUACAAGAGCCACAAAAAUGCAACCCUCCCCGCUGCACUACUCCACGAUGCGACCACAGGCGCCCGGAUCGCUGGUCGAUCCCAACGAAGAACAGCUGCGCCUGGCACCUUGGUACUGGGGCCGGAUAUCACGGGAGGUGGCCAAGAGCAUCCUGCACGGAAAACCGGACGGCAGCUUCCUGGUGCGGGACGCACUAUCCAAAAAAGGCGAAUAUACUUUGACCCUGAUGAAGGACGGCAGCGAAAAGCUGAUUAAGAUCUGUCACAUGGAUCGCAUGUACGGGUUCAUCGAGAAGAUGCUCUUCAACUCGGUGGUGGAGAUGAUCAACUAUUACAAGGAGAACUCACUGAGCAUGUACAACAAGGCGCUGGACAUCACGUUGAGCAAUCCCAUAGUGCGAACCUGCGAGGACGAGGAAUCGCAGCCGCACGGGGAUCUCUGUCUGCUGAGCAACGACUUCAUCCGGACAUGCCAGCUGCUCCAGAACGUCGAGCAGAAUCUCGAGCAGAAGCGGAACUCCUUCAAUGCGAUUCGGGAGGAGUUGCAGGAGAAGAAGCUGCACCAGAGUGUCUUUGGCAAUGCGGAGAAGAUAUUCCGCAAUCAGAUCAAGCUCAAUGAAUCCUUCAUAAAGGCGCCGCCGGAUGCGCCGUCCACGGAGGUUGGAGGACCCGGAGAUGCGGGCCCCGGAGGAGCCGCAUCCGCUGCGGCGAAUGCCAACACCCGUCGAAGUCUGCAAGACAACAAACAGACCCUUCUCAACCUGCUCGAAGUGCUUCAGGCCAAAGGACAGGUCCUAAACCAGUACAUGGAAAACAAGAAGAAGGAGGAACUGCUGCUUGAGCGGCAGAUCAACGCCCUUAAGCCGGAACUUCAAGUACUGCAAUUGCGCAAGGACAAGUACAUAGAACGUCUGAAAAGCUUUAACAUCAAGGACGACGAUCUAAAGACGAUCCUAGAGAUGGGCUUCGACAAGUGGCUGCAGCACUACGAAACGGUGUCAAAUCAGCCCCACAGCAACGAAGCCCUCUGGCUGCUGAAGGAAGCUAAGCGCCAGGAUGCGGAGGAGCUGCUGAUAGGAUCGCCACCGGGGACGUUCCUGAUUCGGGCGAGAGAUGCGGGCCACUAUGCUCUGUCGAUUGCCUGCAAGAACACCGUGCAGCAUUGUAUUAUUUACGAGACGGAGAGCGGCUUUGGGUUUGCCGCCCCCUACAACAUAUAUCCCACGCUCAAGAAGCUGGUGGAGCACUAUGCCAACAAUUCGCUGGAGGAGCACAACGAUACGCUGACCACGACGUUGCGCUGGCCCGUUCUGUACUGGCAGCAAAAUCCGCAGCAGAUCCUGACCCAGUUGCAGGAGGAGAUGGAUCUGGAGUACGAGCAGGCGGCCACGCUUAGGCAGCCGCCGAUGGUGGGCAGCAGUGCUCCCAUCCCGACGGGUCGGUCCCGGGACCACGACCAGGUGGACGGAUUGGGGAGUCACGACACGGAGACGCCUCCCGCAUCUGUUUCGCCCUCAAACUUCAGCACUUCGCAGUAGGAGUCCCCAACCUCAGGCUAGCUAUUUAUCCCUCUAAAUCUAGCUCGCUCCAAAGCCCUAACUCUCUCUAUCUCUAGAUAUAAAUGCGGUUGUUGUCCAAAUAAUAGCACUUCAGGCUCUGUCGCAAGGCUUUAACUUGUUAUAAGAAUGCCUUAAAAGUCCACCACCUUCGUUUUGGGUUCAACACUAAUCGUAGAGCACAGCUAUUCUUCGAAAGAAGUCUUUAUAAAUAGUUGAAAAUGUAUUCAAAUUAGUUAUUUAACAAGCCCAACUGCCAAGAUAAUAUUAUUUACUGAAAAAAAAGGGUUCCCUGUCACAAAGUGUUUUCCUUACCUCAGCUGUUUCAGCUAUUCGAGUUUCCAUAUUAAGCGGUGAGAGUUGAAUUAAAACGAAUUAAAAACUUUGCGUUACUCUUGCAGUGCUGUUAUUUCGGCCAUCGCCGAGUGUGUACAAUGGCAUAUAUAGGCUGUAUAAGCUAUAUAUCUGUGUAUGAUUAUUUUUUGUGUGUGAUGGAUGGCGCUGGCAGUCCAACUGUCCCCCCGCCUUCCCUUCGGAAUCAGAAGGCUCUAAAAACAGAAAAGAAACACAAACGAGUAAACAUUUUUGGUGAUCAUGUUUGAUGGCUUGCUAGAAGCUUUUGGUCUAAGAACGAAGUUUUCUAAUUGAGAAAGUAAUCUUAUUAAUAUUACAAGUAUGAUUAAUUUUAUAUACAUACAUAUAUAUUUUUUUGUAAUACUGCAUUUCGCGUGAUAAUUGAUAAGUCAAGCUAUCUGUUGUUGUAUCAGCUCCCUCUCCUGUUUCCCUUAUAAUUAUUGUUAUCACGCUGCGCGUUGUCAAAAGGGGCGGGGUAGGAGAUCGUGAAGAAAUGUUCUGCAUUUCUUCAGCACAUUUAUUCGUGCUCAUGUAAAUAUUUUAAAAACGAAACAAAGGAGCUGCCGCCGACGAAACGUUUGCGAAAUCAGGUUAAGGUUUUGAUAACCGACCCCCGCAACCCCUUGCGCCCCACCCCUUGCUCUAAUAUUUGUUGUUAUAUUAUGAUUGAUUUGAAGUAGUUCUAAGGAAAUCUACAUACGUACUCGAUGUGAUCAGUUGAGUGUUGCUAAAAUAGUAAUUUCCCAUGUAUUGUUUUUUUUUUGUCAAUAAGAAAGCCUUUAUUUUCAUAAAAUCACAACCACACACAACACACACACACCGAGU